AUGGGAUCGAUAUUGGUGAGCGACUUUGGUGGAAACCACUUCAACAAGACCAUGUUCGGCGGCGGUGGGAGCGCGCAUCCCCCGGCCCACGAGCACCACGCCCCGAUCCGUCCGUCUCCAUCGUCCAAGACGCAUGCGCCGCAGUUUGUCGCGCCCUCUGCUACGACUGAUGUUCCCAUGGCCGACUCGGGAGCCCCACCAUCACCAUCGAGCGCAGCACACGCCCAACCGUCCCAGCAUCUCCCAAUAGAACUGCCCAAGCACACGGCUCCAGCACCCCCCAGUCCACGAUUCCGCCCACAGUCGCGGCAUUCGACGCUUGCUCCUGACCCUACGCCGACGCCUACCCACACACCUACAUCCUUGCCCACAACCCAGGGCGCCGAACCCCAGACGGCUCCUUCGGCAGCCCUGGUCCCCACUCAGCCCUCGCCGGCACCGUCACUACGUUCCCUCGCAGAUUCAACCCCGCUAUCAUCCAGACGCAUCAAGGUCAAGAGCCUGUCCCACAUCCAGAGCUUCGCCAUUGACGAUGCUAGCCCCUUCUCGCAGGCGCGCUCCCAGGCCCGGCGGCAGCGCCAAGACCCCACCCAUGUGGCGCCCCAGUAUGAAAUCAGUGAGAUGCCGGUGACAGACAUCAUCGAGAUGGUGGCCGGACUACUGACCAAGAUCACCACAACCAACGAUCGCCAGCAUGACCACCUCCAUCGCCAAAUACCGCCUCCGGAGAGCACCUCUGGCCUGAGCCAGCAGACAACAAGCGUACUAGCCUUUCAUGGCAAAAAUGUGCCCAGCAUUUCCAUCCUCAGCUAUCUCAGCCGGAUUCACAAAUACUGUCCGACCACGUACGAGGUUUUCUUGAGUCUGCUUGUCUAUUUUGACAGAAUGACGGAGAGGUCCUUGGAGCAUUUGAACCCUGCAUUAUCUGCCGCGUCAGGCUCCACUACCACCACACUAUCCUCAUCAGCUGCUGCCCAGACGGCCACUCCCCCAUGCUCGGGAUCUUUGGGGAAACCGUCGGACGCGCCAGCACAAGCUUCACAGCCACCCUCUCCGCCUUUACAGGAAUUGGACUCUGAUGCAUACAAUCUCUCUCAAUUUUUUGUUGUCGACAGCUUCAACAUACACCGCCUUGUGAUUGCCGGUGUUACGUGCGCGAGCAAGUUUUUUUCUGACGUCUUCUAUACCAACUCUAGAUAUGCGAAGGUCGGCGGCUUACCGCUAGUCGAGCUGAAUCACCUAGAAUUGCAAUUCCUUCUGUUGAACGACUUCCGUCUUGCGGUACCUUUGGAGGAGAUGGAAGCCUAUGGGACAAUGCUGGUCGAGUUUUACGCUCGAGAAGUGGCGGAACAACAUGAGAGGCAGUCAGGCGGCAAUUGA